CCUUUAAAUGAAUUCAUUAAACAGAGGGCAGACAGCGGCAAUAGCACCAGGGGCAUGUGGACACACCACAUUUGGACCAACGGCGCUGUCAGUAAAGGGAAGUAAAUACUGGAAUGGCCCACCACUUGCAAUACGGGAGUGCCCCACAUAUCCCAAACUCAUCUUAGACAAUGGCUCAAGGCAAACCACAGCUGUGUUCACCUUUAACCGGUCAAGGUGUGCAAUUUUAUUUUGUCCUUUCCUACUUCUGUAUUUAUAUAUUUGAAUAUUUGUAUUUGCAUAUUGUUAUUUUUACUCUUUCUGUUUUUGUUACCUGCCUAGGGACUACAGAUAUAAAUUAGCAUUUUUGCUUUACAUCCUGUAUUUUAUACUGAUGUUCAUUAAUGUGCUCUGCCCCGAUCAGACAAACAAACAAAUAAAUAAAUACUUUACUGCUUCUAGUUCCUCUCACAUAAUCAUGUCUAAUAUCUGGCAGGGAUGGUGUGUCCAUAUUGGACAAAAAUAUUUGUACAUUUGUGGCUACAAACUGCACAUUAUUCCACUUUAAUAUAAGGAGAAGACGUCAUCCGAUUGCUGUUUUCUAAUACCACAAAGUGAAUUAUAGCAGUACUGAUACAAACAUAUCAUUUAAAAGUUGGCAUAGGGAAUGAACUUUCAUGCUUUCCUUAGUGCUAAUCUUUUGAAACUGAUCCAAGGAAGUAAAGACUUACUGGCACUACCACAUACCACAGCACAGGACAAAUAUGCAAAGGCACGACCUUGUUCAAAACCAUGUCAUGCUUUUAAAACUUAAAGUCUCUUUUUCAUGCAAACUCAGAUAUGUAAGCCAUUUUCUCCAACCCUGUUGGUCUUUUGUGAUUUUGGAGGGACUAUAGGAGAGCAGGCCAGCAAGGCAUUAAGCAAAUAUGUAUAAGAACAUGUUUCUUCAUUGUUGCUUUAUCAGGGAUAGUCCCCGUCACCAUGUUCAGUUUCCUGAUUGAGUAAGUGAAUUAUAUACCAUGUGCCUCCCUUCCUCUUGUACUCAGUCAGACUGACAGACACAUCAGGAGAAACCAUCUGACACUCACAAGCUUCUGCUUCAGCCAAGAUGUUGCUGUGCUAUUGGCUGGCUCUGGUGGCUUUCAUCCCUGCGACUUUAAGCGUCAAUCCUGGAGUAAAGGUCAAACUCACAAAAAAAGGCCUUGAAUAUGGGAGACAACUGGGGAUGGUUUCCAUCCAGCAGAAACUCAAAAGCAUCAAAGUCCCAGAUGUUUCAGGCAAAAAGAGAGUGUCUCCCAUUGGCAAAGUCCGGUACAGCUUGUCAAAUAUGCGCAUAGUGAAUGUGGGAUUACCGAAGUCUUCAGUGGAUCUAGUGCCAGGGACUGGUGUCAGACUGUCUAUUGGUAACGCCUUCAUCAGUCUGCAUGGAAACUGGAGGGUCAAAUACCUCAGAAUAAUAAAGGACAGAGGCUCUUUUGAUUUGAACGUGAAUGGAGUCACUAUCACCACAACUAUUGCCAUCAAGAGUGACGGGACGGGCCGACCUGCGGUCAGUAGUGUCAACUGCGCAGCUACUGUCGGCAGUGCGAGCGUCAAAUUCCGCGGUGGAGCCAGCUGGCUGUACAAUCUCUUCAAAAGAUUCGUUGACAAGGCGUUACGCAGUGCGAUGCAAAAACAGAUGUGCCCUCUGGUGGCUUCUGCAGUGUCCGAUUUGAACCCUCAAUUGAAAACUCUCAAUGUUCUAGCCAAGGUGGACAAGCAUGCAGAGAUUGAAUAUUCCAUGGUGUCAUCGCCCACUCUUUCAAAAUCUUCUAUUGACUUGAGCUUGAAGGGUGAAUUUUACAACAUCGGGAAGCAUCAGGAGCCUCCGUUCUCCCCUGCAGCCUUUUCCCUGCCGCCCCAGAUCGACAACAUGUUGUACAUCGGCAUGUCUGCCUUCACCCCCAACUCUGCAGCCUUCGUCUACAACAGAGCUGGAGUCCUCAGUCUGUUCAUUACUGAUGACAUGAUCCCGCAAAGCUCUCCCAUCCGACUCAAUACCAGAACGUUCGGAGCCCUCAUCCCACAGAUCGCCAAACGUUUCCCAGGUCUGAUGAUGAAGCUGCUGGUGAAGACGGUGAAAAGUCCCGCCGUCACUUUUGAACCCAACAACAUGACUGUUCAAGCCACUGGCACCGUGACGGCCUACGCUAUCCAACGCAACACCACACUUUCCCCUCUCUUUGUCCUGAACUUGGAGACUAGUGUCAGCACCCGAGUGUUUGUCAGUGGAAUGAGGGUGGCUGGAGCUGUUUCCCUCAACAAGAUGUCUCUGACCCUGGGGAAAAGUUAUGUGGGAGACUUUCAGGUCAGAUCCCUGGACAGCAUCCUGCAAUUGGUCCUGAAAGUGGUAGUGAUACCCAGACUGAAUGUUCAACUUGCAAAGGGAUACCCUCUUCCCGCAAUUGGAAAGAUGAAGCUUGUGAACACUAAGCUUCAGAUCCUGAAGGUCAGAAACAUUAUAUUUUCUACAGAACUGCAUGUUUUUGAGCCAGCUGAAUGUUUAUACCUUGUACUUGAUACAAACACAGUUGAUAUCUAAUUGAUCAACAGAACUCAUCAUCUCAAACCUGUUAUUAAAUGCUGCUGUUGUGUUUUAUUUUUAGGACUACAUGCUGAUUGGGACAGAUGUGCAGUUUUCAGGUUGAACAGCUUUUUUUGGGAACUCCAUGGAGUCAUUUCCACACUGGGGCAUGCAGCUAUGGAGGCACAACCACAGCAAGAGCGCAACUACCUGCCAAAUUUCAAAAAGGAACUCAAUGAUGUACAAAUAUUAACUUCUCCUACAAGCUUGAGAAAUGCAGUCCUCCAGUUUGCAUUUGUGCUUUUUUAUAGCUUUUUUUUUAUAUUGUUUCUCUUUUGUUAAAUCAGUAAAAUAUGAAUUCAGGUCAUGUUAUUUUCUCCAUCUAAAAUGUAGAUGAGGGCAGUGAACUUUUCCAACAGGGUUACAGAAGUCCUGUCAUAACAGGAGACAGUCUGCAGGACGGGACUUUGCUGUUGUCACCAUAAUCAUCUUUUUCGAAAUAACAUGCUCCUUCCAAAGCAGAUCACAGCACUUUCUGCUGCUGACUUGAGGCAAAUUCUUUCUUAAAGUUUUCUGACUUUGUAGCUCGCAGAGUGAUUGUAAAAAUGUGCUGAUCCACGACAUUUUUACUGCAGUUUGGGCAAUCCAAUAAAAAAUGCAAUGACAUCAAUAAAGUAUCACUGCUAACACCAAAAUAAAACAGCUGUAGCAUGUAUGAAACAAACGGUAUGGUUUAAAUAUGUUUCAGUAUCUUAAGCAGUUUAAUAUGUACAUACACAUUACACAUAGUGAGUACUGACUGUAUUAAUAACACAAUGCAGUUUUAAUUAGCUCAUCUUUCAUCAGAUAUGAACUUGAGUCCAAUGUGACUGUGUCUGAGAUGCAAGAAUCCCCGUAUAAACAGUCUCCACAUGUCUUCAAAGUCAGAUGAGAAGAAAGAGGUGUGCCAGAUUUUU